AUGGAUUCAGCGGCGCAAAAUAACUUCUUCCUCUGGGGCACUUGGAAGAACAGGGUGAUCUCCCGGCCCUUCCUCACCAAGAAGGUGCCGCAGCAGCUGAAGAAGGUCGUCCUGGGGGACAGUUUCGUCAUUGGUCUGACCGAGAAUGGCAAGGUGGUCUCCUGGGGAAAGGACAUGAAGACAGGAUGCCUCGGCUUAGGUUUCGAGGACACGGGAGCACCCGUGUUGAACAAGGACAUUCCUCAGGAGAUUCCUUCGCUCAAGGAGGUCAUGGACAUCCAGAUGGGCUUGGAGCAUGUUGUGGCUCUCACUACUGGCGGCGAGGUGUUCUGCUGGGGCAAUGGAGGCAAGGGUCAGCUCGGCAACGGCAAGUUCGACAUGUCCUACUUGCCUUGCAAGGUGGAUGCGCUGGCCAACGAGCAGAUCGUGCAGAUUGUAGUGGUGAAGAACUCGACCUUCGCCUUGUCCACAAAUGGCACGGUUUUUGCCUGGGGCGAGAACAAGGACAACAUCCUCGGCUUCGAGGAGGAGACUGCAAAGAAGCAGGUGACAGAAUGGCCGCUGAAACUGACACUGCUCCAGGAAAAUCGGGUGCGCAAGUUGGAGGUGUUUGAUGGCAAGACCAUCAUCGCCCACAUUCGCGGCCAGGACAGUGAGACAACCUUCGGCCGUUUUGAGACGGUACAGGAAGAUGGUGGUCAGGAGGAAGAAGAGGAGAUCGAGAUCUUCAAGGGAAUCGAUGAAAUGCGCAAGAUCAUGGAAAAGACGCAGGAGUGGUGGAACCACCUCCUCAACAUCAAGCACGGCCAGCCUUACGACCUGCCACAAGACUCGCACAUCAACAUGAACAGCGAGAAGCAGCCCGACAAGAUCGGGGCGACGAUAAAGGAUGAUCUGGAGGUGGAGCCUGAGCGCCUCCACCGAGCCGAAAGGCACUUGGACGCGUUGGUCACAGCGGCUGUGACUGAGCUCAAGCGGACGCAGCAAAUGCCAGGGACGAGGAAUGUUCGCUUCAUCCUUUGCAUGUUUAUUGACGAGUGCCGCCUGAGAAGAGAGAAGGUGCAGCGCACGAUUGCAGCGCGCCAGUUGAAGGAUGCCAAAGCGAAGUCCAAAGAGAUUGUCGCGUACUCUGUCAAAGACUUCAGCUCCAACGCCAACGAGAGCAUAAGAAAAAUCAUCGCCGUGACAAAGGAACUUCAGCAGAUGCUGGACGCGGUAAAAACAAUUCAGCCCGUGGACGUGCCGAGUCAGGAGCUGAAGGCGCAGAUGGCAACAAAGAAAGCAAGAGAGUAUUCGAGAUGUGUGAGCCGAGUGUGCCAUAAGUCAGACGUAAAUCAAGCCAUCGGAGGUUUCCUUAUAGGCGUGCCUCAGUUUCUGGGAGCCGCAAACGGGGACAGGCAACUCUUGUGGAGUGCCUGGAGUGCAAGCUGCAGCUCCAUGACAAUCAAGUCGAGCUUCUCAAGGCACGUCGUGACACUGCAUGUAAUUAGCCGGCUAGCGCGGCAAAGGGCCUACUGGCUGUCCAGAGUCCUCACCGCUUAG